UGUUUACAUGAGGAGGAGGCUACGCUAACGGCUCCGUUAGCCAAAGUAAACGCUCCGCUUGUUCCACUCAGUGGACGUUAGAGGGUUUUAACCAUGGGGAAGUCGUUUGCAAAUUUCAUGUGUAAGAAGGAUUUUCAUCCUGCGUCGAAGUCAAACAUUAAAAAGGUAUGGAUAGCAGAACAGAAACUGACCUUCGAGAAGAAGAAGCAAGAAGAUCUUAUGCAGGCAUACAUGAAAGAGCAGGAUUCCUACAACAACAGGUUGUUGAUGGGGGAUGAUCGUGUUAAAAAUGGCCUCAACUUCAUGUAUGAGGCUCCACCUGGAGCAUCCAAAGAGGAAACGAAAGAGGAGGGGGAAGAAGAGUACAAAUUUGAGUGGCAGAAGGUGGCUCCUCGAGAGAAAUAUGCGAAAGAUGACAUGAAUAUCAGAGAUCAACCGUUUGGUAUCCAGGUGCGGAAUGUGCGAUGCAUCAAAUGUCACAAAUGGGGCCAUGUGAACACAGACAGAGAGUGUCCUCUCUAUGGGCUGUCGGGAAUCAAUGCCAGCUCUGUGGCUUCAGAAGAGGCAGCAGGUCCGUCGAUGCACCCCUCGGAGUUAAUGGCGGAGAUGCGAAACAGUGGGUUUGCCCUGAAAAAAUGUGUCCUUGAUAGGAAUGCUACUGUUUGUGAUCCAUCACAGGAUUUUGUUGCCAGUGAGGAGGAGGAAGAUCCUGAGGUUGAAUUUCUGAAGUCAUUAUCGACCAAGCAAAAGCAGAAACUCCUCAGAAAACUCGAUCGGCUGGAAAAGCAGAAGGCCAAGAAAAAGAAGAGCAAAAAACAGAAGAAGAAGAGCAAAAGAAAGCACAAGAAAAAGCAUGAGAGUAGUGACAGCUCAAGUGACUCCUCCAAUAGCAGCAGCAGUAGUAGCAGUAGUGAUAGUGACAGUGGCUCAGAUUCAGACAGCCAUGGCAAGUUCAAGAGCCAAAAGAAAAAGAAGAACAAGAAAAAAGAUUCCUGUCGGGAUAACAGCUCUAAGAGCGAGCGGAGAGUCAAGAGUCAGAAAAAGGCCUCCUCUCAUAGAAGCAGGUCACCGAGCCCUCACACUGGACAGAAGCGGCCUGAAGAGGAGUCCGGAGAUUAUAGACAAACAAGGACAGAGAGGGGAAGGAGCAGGAGUCGGAAUCGCAGCCCAGAGAACAAGAUCAAGCUGGAGGGAGGUCAAGAGAGAAAGAGACACAACAGCAGGGACAGGCAGAGACCUAGCAGCUCCAAGUCUGGCUUGGACAGAAGUAGGAGCCGCGAGAGAGGCAGGGAGGACAGAGGUAAAGACGGGCGUCACAGUAGAGAUGGUGAGAGGAACAGAGGUAGCACAGAUGGAAGGAGAGGCAGAACAGCAGAUGGGAGGAGCAGAAGCAGGGAAAGGAGGAAAGAAAGGGAGAGCAGGGGAAGAAGUAGGAGUAGGGAGAGGAGAGAGAGAAGCCAAGACAGAGCAAAAAGAAAGCACUGACUGUUUUUCCCCUUCCCUCUUAUAAUAUUGGACAAAACCUGUUGAAUGUUUGUUUUUUCUUGCAAUGACUGCUUUAUAGUAUUCUUGGUAAUCACUCAGCCUCCCCCUAUUUUAAAUAGCAGAUAUUAUGCAGCAGGUCCCGUGUUUGUCCAGUAGAGGGAAGCAGUCAACAGAAAAUCUGUAGCUGCAGCUCAUUGCACGCAUGUGUUGUCUUGUACUGUAUGUAGGGCUCUAAAUUAAUUGAUUACCAUUGGAAGCAAUUUACAGCUAUGAUCCGCUGAUGGGAAAAUAUUGGACUCAUUUAAAUGGUCAGUUGGCCGCUGCAAAGACUAUUUCUAUGGCAGCAGUUUUUUUUAUUAUCUUGCUUUCAUUAUUGUGUCUGUUUGGGAAUAUCGACAUUGUAAGAUGUGAUGCUUAGCCGGCUGUUAAUUCCUAAAAAGAAAAUCUGGACUUUUAUUUUGUGAUUAAAAUUUUAACCAUCUCAA